AUGGAUCCAAGGAUUCCAUAUAGCCAGUCUUCUGGUUAUAUGGGCCUUCUUCACAGUCAACACGACUCUGUUCGUGAAGAAAACUCUCCUUAUGAGAGUUUUCAUUCUCAAUCUUCUCAAGUCCCUCAGUUCAGUUCACAACAAUGGGAGGCUCCAGCUCCAACUCCACCUACAGACACACCCGUGGGACGUGGGAAGAGACAUACGUGGACCCCAGGCGAUGACGAGCUGCUGAUCAGUGCUUGGUUAAACACUUCUAAGGAUCCUAUAACCGCCAAUUACCAAAAGUCUGGGACAUUCUGGAAACGAGUUGGAGAUUAUCUCUUCGCAGCUUUGAAAGAAAGAGAUGGUGUUGAUUGUGGGGAGCAUCUCCAUUACAAGCAAAGGUGGCACAAAAUCAAUGACCAAACUAACAAGUUUUGUGGUGCAUAUGCUGCUGCAGAGAGACGUCAUAGUAGUGGUCAGAAUGAGAAUGAUGUUCUCAAGGAGGCCCAUGACAUAUACUACCGUGAUAACGACUCGAAGUUUACACUUGAGCAUGCUUGGUGUGUGUUGAGGUAUGAACAGAAAUGGGCUAACCUCAACCCCAAACAUUGUGGAAGUUCAAAGAGGAAAACCGUUGAAACAGGAGGUUCCCAAGCUUCAACAGGAGGUUCCCAAACCGUUGAUGAACAUGAGACCCGGCCUAUAGGUGUGAAGGCUGCAAAAGCUAAGCGGGGUAAGCAGACAGGGAAGUCUGUUGAAGACUAUCAGAGGAUUUGA